AGGCCCAAUAAUCUUUAGUAAGUUAGAGUUGGGCCUUUUAUUUUACAACUAGCCCACGGUAUCACUGGCUUAUGUUAUUAUAGUUAGGACUGAACCAAAAUCAGCUAACAAACUAAAGACAAGAACAGAAGUUGAAAUCUCCAUUCCAUCCAUUCCCGUUUCAAUCCCUGGAUUCAAUUUGGGAACAAACCUGGUUUGACGUCAAUCAGCCUUUAGCGUCAAAGUAAAUCUCAGUUUUUUCAUCAAUUAUAUAAGCAUAAAACAAAUUAAAUCGAGUUGAAACUCAACAUGAAAAGCACACAACGACACAAUACACUACAGGAGAAGUACGAAGGGAGUUAUGUCGACGACUGAGCAUCAGUUUUAAAAAGCUCGAAUUUUGAAGCUUCAUGGAUUUAUCAGCUAUGUGUGAUAAAUGUCUCAUCAUAUGCUCAGACUUAAACGCCCGAUUUCUCUUCAAUCAAAAGAUUUAAAAAAAAAAAAACGCUAACCCAUGAAAGAAGAAGAUUAAGAGAGAAAAAUAAGUAAGUUGAACUGGAGCUUGGAAGCUCAGAACCCUGGAAACAUGAUGAAUCUAAAGCGGCCACAACAUGCCUUUAUAUAGACUACUGACAAAGCCCACAGAAACCCUAGCUUCAACAUUACUUACAACACGACGCCGUUUCACUUGAACCAAUUAUAAAAUUUCUAAUUAUCUGCCGCUUUACUUUAAACAAUGAAAACGCACCGUUUUUAUUCGUUGAGUUGAGCGGUCUGGAGAAUCGAAGGUAGUAUGGUAAGAUUAUUCGGCUUUGGCAGAACAAUUUCAUCUUUGAAUUUUGCUACUCAUUGUAAAAUCAAGACCUGGAUUUGUGGGUUUUCAGCUCAAGCUGUCGUAUUGACCCAACAAUGGGACAAUGUUAUGGAGCCAUCGAUAAAAUUCUCAGAAUUCAAUUCUUAUGCUUACUCCUGUUCCCUUCAAAACUGUAUCCUAAACGAUAACCCCAAAACGGCAAUGGCUAUUCACUGUCAGGUUCUGAAGAAGGGUAAUUGCAUGGACUUGUUUGGGAGUAACGUUCUUCUAAAUGUCUAUACGAAGUUAAAUUUGCUGAUUAAUGCAAGACAUCUGUUUGAUGAAAUGCCUGAGCGAAGUGUCAUAUCAUUUGUUACUUUAAUUCAAGGGUAUGCACAGUCGUUUCAGUUUUCCGAGUGUCUUGGCUUGUUUUCGAGGUUACAUAGGGAAGGUCAUGAACUUAACUCCUUUGUGUUCACUACUAUUUUGAAGGUUCUUGUGAGCAUGGAUUGGGCUGAGUUGUGUUCUUGUAUUCAUGCUUGUGUAUAUAAGCUUGGUCAUGAGUCUAAUUCUAUUGUCGGGACUGCACUUAUUGAUGCCUACUCUGGUUGUGGGUAUGUUGAUUUUGCUAGAAAAGUUUUUGAUGGAAUUGUUUGUGCGGAUAUGGUUACUUGGACUGGAAUGGUUACUUGCUAUACUGAGAAUGAUUGUUUUGAAGAGGCAUUUGAUAUGUAUAAAGAAAUGAGGAUUGUGGGGUUCAAGCCAAAUAACUUUACGUUUGCUAGUGUGCUUAAAGCUUGUCUUGGAUUAGAGGCUUUUGGUGUUGCAAAGAGUGUUCAUGGGUGUGCUUUGAAAACUCGAUAUGAGAUGAAUCUUUAUGUUGGUACUGCUUUGCUUGAUUUGUAUACUGAGUCUGGGGACAUUGGAAGUGCUCGACGGAUUUUUGAGGAGAUGCCUAAGAAAGAUGUGAUUCCUUGGAGUUUCAUGAUUGCACGUUAUGCUCAAAGUGAUCAGACCAUGAGCGCAUUGCAGCUGUUUCAUAGAAUGAGGCGGUCUUUUGUUUUGCCUAAUCAGUUCACAUUUGCUAGUGUGCUCCAAGCUUGUGCUACCAUGGAGGGUUUGGAUUUGGGAAAGCAAAUCCAUUCCCUAGUGGUCAAGAAUGGUCUUGACUCAGAUUUGUUUGUUUCAAAUGCCCUCAUGGAUGUCUAUGCUAAAUGUGGAAGGAUUGAGAACUCUAUGGAACUGUUUAUGGAAACAUCAAAUAGGAAUGAUGUGUCUUGGAAUACAAUGAUUGUUGGCUAUGUGCAAUUAGGGGUUGGGAGCAAGGCACUAAGUUUGUUCCUGGAAAUGCUUGAGAACCAAGUAAUGGCAACUGAAGUGACAUACUCUAGUGUUCUUCGGGCAUGUGCUAGUUUGGCAGCAAUGGAGCCAGGAACUCAGAUUCAUUCCUUAAUUGUAAAAUCAAAUUAUGACAUGAACGUUGUUGUCGCUAAUGCUUUGAUAGACAUGUAUGCGAAGUGUGGGAGCAUUAACAAUGCUCGUUUAGUUUUUGAUGUGAUGAAUGAGCGAAAUGAAGUUACAUGGAAUGCUAUGAUCUCAGGAUACUCCAUGCAUGGUCUAAGUGUUGAGGCCUUAAAAGUUUUUGAAAUUAUGCUGCAAAGAGGGUGUAAACCCAAUAAUUUGACUUUUAUUGGUGUGCUAUCAGCAUGUUGCAAUGCUGGACUCCUAGAUGAAGGACAAGCUUUUUUAAAAUCUAUGGUGGGGGACUAUGGCAUUGAACCAUGUAUAGAGCAUUACACUAGUAUGGUCUCACUUUUGGGCAAAGCGGGGCAUCUUGAUAAGGCUGCAAAGUUGAUAGAAGAAAUCCCAUUUGAGCCUAAUGUCAUGGUGUGGCGUGCAUUACUUGGUGCCUGCACUAUUCAUAACAAUGUUGAGCUUGGAAGAAUAUCUGCCCAACGUAUUUUAGAGAUGGAACCCCAAGAUGAGGCGGCCCAUGUGCUGUUAUCAAACAUUUAUGCCGAUGCAAAGAGGUGGAGAGAUGUUGCUUCUGUUAGAAAGAGCAUGAAAAGGAAAGGAGUGAAAAAGGAACCAGGUCUGAGUUGGAUUGAGUACCAGGGAACAGUUCAUUAUUUCACUGUGAGGGAUACCUCACAUCAUGACAUGAAAGUGAUUUAUGGGAUGUUGGAGUGGUUGAAUGUUAGAACCAGGAAGGCUGGUUAUGUUCCCAAUCAUCGUGCUGUUUUGCAUGAUGUGGAAGAAGAUGAAAAGGAGCGUACCUUGUGGGUUCACAGUGAAAGAAUAGCUUUAGCUUUUGCUCUAAUAAAAACUCCUCCUGGGAGCGAUAUUCGCAUCAUUAAGAAUCUCCGAAUAUGUGUGGAUUGUCAUGUUGCAAUAAAACUGAUAUCAAAGAUAGUCCAAAGAGAUAUUGUUAUCAGAGAUAUGAACCGCUUUCAUCAUUUUGAGGAUGGAUUUUGCUCCUGUGGUGAUUACUGGUGAUUGAUUCAUUGAUGCUCCUUAUUGACAUUUACCAUUCUUCGACAAAAGUUUCAAUCUUCUCCACUAAGUUUAUACCCUAAGCAGGCCUCAACUUGCUGCCCUUAGGCUCGUCAGAUAAUUGGAGGUCAAUUUCUCCUCUGAAUAAGAUGAGCAGCACAUGAUAUGAAGGUUGGAUUGCAAGCUCUCUGAGUCUUCUUGUUAUGUGCUCUAUUACCGCAGGUAUAACCAAGAGCUAAAGAUCUUGCGAGGCUGUAAACACACAAAAUGCCGCCAGGCUAAGGCAUUUGCCUAUUGAUAAAAUAUGAUGUUGAAUGUGGUGACAAUUUCCUUUCUUAAAGCCAUCGAUGUUCUGUGUUACCAUGUAGUUUGUUGCCUUCCAGUUUGCCACCGAAGUAGCAACUGGUUUAUCUAUGAUACUGUGCGGAGUCAUGGUUUAUAUGGUAGUGCUGGCAAGCUGCCUUUGAAUGAGGAAAGGGCGUAUCUGGUUGAAGGAAUAGCCAUGUUGAAACCAUAAGAUUGGUCACAGAUCUUAUAAAGUCACGCCUGAGAAUCAAUUGGCUUGUGUUGAUGGUGGUGGAGAAAAUUUUGGGUCGUAAUCAGCAUUGAGAAGGACUCAUAUAUGGGGGACAUAAAGUCUGUAGCCCAUGUGAUAUUUCUCUAAAUGCCUACUUUUGAUUGUUCAAUUGGGCACCAUUUACUUCUAAUUAUAUUAGGUGAACCAAACAUAAAAUAGAAAGAAGUUAAAAGUCGUGCCUUACUAUCUCUCAUGGAGCUAAAUCGCCCCUCAAUGAACUAUUCGUUACGUAUACCACUAAAUUUCUCUUACAUUUAGCCGUCCUCUUGUUUGAUUUUCAAACUUCUUUGACUUUCAUUUACACAUUUCACAGGCCCACUAUUCCCCUUGUGUUCAUACUCGAGGGUAUGAACCUGCAAAGACAACGUAUAACCGCCGUGCUGAAAAGAAACAAUCCACCUCAAAAAAUUAGUUGGUGAAGGUACGAAAUCUAAGUGUGGAGACAUAAGAUUUAAAUUUACUUCCGUAAAUAGAUUUGAAUGCAUAUAUUAAUAUGUUUU